AUGGCGCCCCUCACAGCCUUCAACCCCGCCCUGGGCCCGAGCCUCUCGCAGUGCCACCCGGAGCCGGUGACGCUGCACAUGAAGGAAAAAGCCUUCUCGCUCAGCGGGGAGGAUUUCACCGUCAAGACGGUCGGUGGCGUCGAGGUCUGCAAGUGCAAGGGGAAGCUGUUGUCGCUGAGCGAUAAGAAGGCCUUCACGGAUAUCCAGGGCCAUGAGAUUUUCGCCCUGAAGAACAAGCAUUUCACCAUCCACAAGACGUUCCAUGCGGAAAGCCCCAAGGGGCAUGAGUUGUUUGUGAUCACGAAGAAGUUUACGGUCCUCGCCAACGAGUCAACCGUCGCCUUCAAGAACGAGUCCGACGGCCGACACGUCGAGCUCGACGUCCGCGGGACCUGGUACGACCGCUCCGCGAGCGUCACCUUCGGCGGCGAACCCGUCGCGCACAUCUCGCGCAGCAUCUUCAACAUGCGGGAGAUCUUCGCCGACAAAGACACCUACUUUGUGACUGUGGCGCCGAUGGUGGAUUUGACCAUGAUUGCGGCGCUGUGCGUGUCGUUGGAUGAGGAGGAGGAGAAGAAGUAG